AUGAAGCCAUCGCUCUACUGUUUCUCUGUUGCCGAUUUGUGCCGUCAAAGAAUCCGAGCGAUCAAAAUCUCUCGUCGUUUGAUUGUACCGAGGCUUAUCAUUCAUACCGUUCGACUUGGGCGAUAUGAAAAUCGGAACCCUUUUUUUCUGAUGGCUCUCCCGAAAAGGAAUCGAAACACCGCAAUGCAUGAAGAGUUACGAGCCAAGUCCAUGCAGCUGAUGACCCACUUCGAUAUUCAUGCUACAUUAAACGACAUUUUGCAUUAUCAGCCACAUUCAAAAUACUCGGACACUACGGAACGCAGAAUGCUGCCUAUCAGCAAAGGUUCAUCUUUGCUGCGAAAAUGGCAAGGAUCAAGAAACUGUCAAACACUUCCGAUUCCGUUCGACUAUUGCAUUUGUCAGUACGAAAAGAAGAAUGUAACGAACGAGUUAUUAAAAAGAGUACUCGGCUUUUUUGUUGCUGACGAAUUAAAUCGUACGUUGGAAAGGAUGGGUUAUGCAGAAAAAUGUCUGAAGCAGGAAUAUAAGAAGGCUAUCGACAUAGAAGAACUGCAAGUCGGAGUAAACACGCUUUACACAGUCUACGUUGUGUUGCAGCCUUCAAAUGGACUUUUCUCGGUGUGA